CCAGACGAAAGACAAACGCCGAGUCCGAGGGGCAGAGCCGGAUCUACGAUUAUUCAACAAGCGCGGGGGAGUGUCUACAAGGCCGCUACAUUAGGGGCGCCGUGCUAGCUCGGUCUCGGUCUCUCUGGGCUCGUUGACUCCGAGGGCGGCCAUGCUGCAGCGUUGCUUGUUCCUGGGCCUCCUGUGUACUUUCAGCUUCCUGCUAUGUGCUGAACUAGGCCAGGCUGCUAGACGGAGGAUUCCCAGGUGGCACCUUCGUAUGGCGCAGAAGCAGGGCCCCAACACCUGCGCUGUUGAAGAAGUUCCUGCGCUGGAUUGGAAACUCCACACUGAAUGCAAGUACUGGAUGCACCGCAAAGUCUGCGGAUUCAAGACACUAAUCCGCUACGAAUGCUGCGAAGGCUUCAGUCAAGUUCAUGGGGAGCAUGGAUGUACUGCCGUGAUGACGCUGUCCAACGUGACUCGGCUGAGCCGCCAGCUGGGCGCGUCCAUAUUCGCCGACUACCUGCAGCAGAGCGGGCUGGAAGGGCAGCUUGGUCCCGUGGUCACCCUGUUUGCGCCGAGGGACGCCGCACUUCUGGCUCUCACUCCACGAGAGAAAGAAGCGUUCGAGGCCCAUCUGGAGGACAACCUUCUGCAGCACGUCGUCCGGGGACGAGCCAAAAUCCACGAAGUCGAGCCGCAGCUGCCAAACAUGCAGGGGGGAUUCCUCCACGUGAACCGAUACUCCAACGGGAUCACGACGGUGAACUGCGUGCCCGUGCUGCGACGUGACCACGAGGCCACCGACGGUCUCGUGCACCUGCUGGAAGGCAUCCUGUCCCCGGCGUCCACAGCGAGCCUUCCGCAGCUGCUGAUGGAGGAUGGCCGGUUCCGGGAGAUGGCUCGAAUGAUGCUCCGCUCCGAGGCCCUCGUGGCCCAGCUGCGACGAGAACCGGGGCCUUUCACGCUGCUGGCGCCCUCCGACGAGGCCUUCCAGGCCAUGCCACCGGGACAGCUGCAGAGGAUCAGCCAGGACCUCAACGUCACCGCGGGUAAUAAAAAGGACCUAGAAUGGCACGUUAACAGCACCAAACCAACACCGCCCUGGAUAAACUUCAAUUCAAUUCUUGCCCUUGUUUCAAACCUGCGGACGCAACUCUCUGCUGCCGCAGACUUGAUCCGCAACCACGUCGUGCCGCGAUCGCUGUGUGCCCCGGCGAUCAUCGCUGAGCACCGCGUGAAGAGCCUGAGCGGGGACAAGCUGGAGCUGAGUUGCAACGCCAGCGGCGUCUACGCGAACGAGCACCGCUUCACCGGCGAGAUGAUGCUCGGAGGCAACGGACACAUCUCCGUCCUUACGGGCAUCCUCAUGACCGACAAAGCUCGCAGUUUGGUCGACCUGAUGGCCCAACGGUCGGACCGCUUGUCCACGUUCGUGUCCCUGCUGGCCGACUCCGGUCUGGCAUCCGAGCUCUCCGAGGGAAGCUUCACCGUCUUCGCACCCACCGACGAUGCCUUCGAGCGUGUGUUCCUGCCCACGGACUCUGAAGCCCUCAAGAAGCUCCUCCAGCGCCACCUGGUGCCCGAUCGGAAAAUCAUGAGCGAGUCCUUCUGGGACGAUGCAAAGCUGGACACCCUGGAAGGUGGGGCAACGCUGCGUCUCAAGGUGUACCGAAAGAGCCUAGGAGUGGACACGGCCAUCAUCACGGAGUCCGACGUGGAAGGUCACAAUGGCGUGGUGCACGUCGUCAAUCGAGUGCUCGAGCCACCGCAGGGCAGCGUCAUGGAAGUCCUGGAGAAAGACGACCGCUUCAGUUUGUUCGCCCAGGCUCUAAAACGUGCACGGGAGCUACAGCUGGUGAACAACUACACUCAGACCGUCUUCGCACCCACCAAUGAAGCGCUGAGCGACUACGCCACUGACCUUGAGAACCCACGUAUCCUCGAAAAUGUGGUGCUCAGCCACAUCGUGGAUGGCCUGGUGCCCACGGGCUCGUUCCAGUCCCCGAAGCUGAGCUACGACCUGGUCAGCGAGCGAGCCCACCCACUCCGCGUGCGGAUGCGUGGCUCCAACUUGACCGUGAAUGGGGUGCACGUCCUUCGACCGGACCUGUUGGCCAGGGACGGCAUCGUGCACUGCGUCAACGGAGUGCUGCUGCCGCCCGGCACGGAGCCAGGGAAGGACGCCGGAGGCAACUAGCAGCGGGUCAUCACCAGUGGAUUCAUUAGUGAACGCCAUCACUAGUAAAUCCACACAGCGCCAGCUACCUUGCGUCAGUAUGCUGCCGCCAGCGAAUCUCAAAGCGUUUUACAACCAGCGCUGUGCAAACAUGAGGCGUUACCAAGACUGACGCGUCUGUCGCUUUGCGUCGACUCUCGAGCUUCAGCGUGUUUGCUGCUUGGGGCGGGCCGGGCAUCCACUAGCGAUGACGUCAUUAUCAGGGAUGUGUCUCCUAUGCUGUUAGCCCGACUGUGAGAGGGGGAACCAUUAAAGGGGCGGUGCAAUGAUUUUAACACUGAA